AUGCAUGUCGUGGAGCGCGAGGUUGAGGGCCUCUCUUGUCGAGCCCUGCUUGCUCCACCAGGCUGGACGGCUCGGGUACACCACGACGUUUUUGCAGGUUCCUCGCUGAACCUGGUGCAUUUUGAGCGGCUUGACGUCUCCGGGGAUUCUCUCUAUGUCGCGGAGUACUUCAUCCCACGUGCCGCAGAGCAUGACGAGAGCGUCCUUCAAAAAGCGUUGCAGCAGCGGUUGAUUGCAUGCGUCUCUGACGCAGCGGGUUCUGUACAAGCCCCGGUUUGUGUUGUCUGGAAACUUGAAAAGCCGGAAGGAGCUGCUUCGCACGCGUCGCUGGCGGCGCUGCUUGACCAGUACACCCUGUUCGUGUGUGUGGUCUUGUGGGUGGCGGAUACGGUGCGCGGUGCGAUGGAGGAGGUGGCCAAUACGAUUGCAGCGGAUUUGCGGGGACGCCACAUGCGGAUUUUGAAGGCGGCGGUGCCCGAGGAUGCCGCAGAUGGCUGUGGCCCUACUGCGGUCUACACGGCGCGGGGUCGCGCUGUGGUGCACGUCACUCAACAGGCCGUUGGUGCUCUUCGGUGGAAUCCGACGCUGUGUGAGCGCGUGGACCGGACACUUGGGAUGGUGCAGGCGGAGCUGGGCCUGGUCUCAGAGAACCUGCGUCUUGCUGUGGGGGGCGACACUACUGCCGUCGUCGUGGCGCUUCUGCCCCUCUCUCCUGGUGUGUCGCUUCUGAAUCCUCACGCGGUGGCACGAGCUUGGGCGCGGCAUGUCAAACGCGGUGGGUGGCGCAGUGAACUGUUGAUGCGCGUGAACCCCGCGAUGCCGGAACUGGCGCUACCGUCAACACCCUGUUGGGUAACCCCGCGUAGCGAAUUUUACGCCCUUUCGAAGGACACAAGUGAGCUGGACGGGGUGGUAGCGUGGGUGACGGAGCCGCGGGCGGGAAGUGACAGCUGUGUGGUGCUGCUAACCCCAGCCUUCAAAUCGGGGCUGGAUGUCAGCGACGACCCCCAUCCCUGGCAAACCCAAUGUACGUGGUUGCAGCGUACGUUUCGUGUGUCCAUCGCUACUGCCGCUGCAUGGACACCGCUGGGCAUAGCUAAAGAGCCUGGUCUGCUGUUUCACGAGGGUGGUCUUGUCGUGCGUAUUCCCACUGCCUCAGUGGCGUACACAAAUGCUACUGCCGUGCCAACGGCUGCAAUUAGUCUUGCUUCACUCGGCUCCAUCACCGUCACGGCAGAGGAUGCCAGCCUGCGUCUGCGGCGACAGGUAACCUUUACUCUCCUAAAUGAGUUCCGCUGUGCAGAUGACUACAUUGAUUACUUUGUAACGGAGUAUCAGUACGAUACACCACUUGGGAAAAAUUUGGAUGUCUUUCGUAGGCGACGUCGGCAACAACUUCCGCCACCGGUGUCGCCAACGAUAAAGCGGACCUUUGAAAAGGGAGAGGGACAUUCGGUGUGGAUACAGCUUGAAGAGGACGCGGCCGUGUAUUGCGUGGCGCGCGAGUGUGGGGUAGGUCGAUUACUGCUAGCACAGGCAUGUGUGUUGGGCAUUGCUGUGGAUGACGCGGCGGCAGAGCGGUGGGAGACGUGGGUCUCUGGCGUUGGUGUCAUGGCGGUUACCUGCUGA